AUGAAUGAAAUUAUUAUUAAAGUUAAAAUAUUUGAUACUAAAGAAAAAGGAUAUGUUGAGAAGUAUAAGGUAAAUGAUGUUCUUAGAUAUAAUUAAUAAAAUUUGAUAUUAAGUACUUAAAUUUUUAGAUAAUUAGAAGUUUAUUAAUAAGUUUAAUGUGGAUGUAAAGAUUAUGAAUACUAAAUUUCUUGA